CAACCCUAUCUUGGAAUACAUAUUAAUUGUUCAUGGGUUCUUGAUCAGUUUUUCAAAUUACAAAACCUUACAACAUAUAAGUAAUAUAAUAAUGUUGCUGGCAUCAAGGUUUAUAGCGUUGAUUUGGUUUGUGGGGUUUGCUUGUGUAGCAGCUCGUUUACCUGCUCAAGAAUUGGAAUCAUUGUCGGUGGUAGCAAGGAGGCUGGGGAAGAGGGAUUGGAAUUUCAGUGGCGUAGUUGAUCCAUGCACCAAGGAGCUGCCUUGGUGGGAUAAUAUUGCUAAAAAUGGACUAAAUUGCAGCUGCAUCCCCUCUGGAAAUGUUACUACUUGUCACGUUACCCAGAUUAUUUUGAAGCAGGAGAAUCUUAAUGGGUCGCUCCCUAGUGAGCUGGUCGGACUCCCUGCGCUCCAAGUCAUUGACCUGACUCGGAACUACCUCGACGGCAUCCUCCCUCCAGAAUGGGGUUCCAUGGAAUCACUUUGGAAGAUUGCUCUUAUGGGAAACCGUCUCACGGGUCCAAUUCCAAAAGAACUUGCCAACAUCUCUGCACUCCAAGAACUGGUGUUGGAGGCUAAUCAGUUUACAGGAGGUAUCCCUCCGGAGUUUGGGGAUCUUCCUCAAAUUAAAAAAUUCCAGCUUUCCUCCAACAAUUUAACUGGAGAUUUACCCGCAAGCCUAGCAAAACUCAACACUUUGGAAGAAUUUCGAAUUAGCGACAACAACUUCACAGGAAGCAUACCAAAUUAUAUUCAGAACUGGUCAAAUAUCACACGAUUAGAGAUUCAGGCUAGUGGUCUCAGUGGACCCAUCCCUUCCAACCUUUCUUUUCUAACAAACUUAGAAGACAUAAGAAUCAGUGACCUUAAUGGGGGUCAGUCAGCUUUUCCGAAUAUUAGUACCUCAACUAAUUGGGAACAAGUUAUACUGAGGAGUUGCAAUAUUGUGGGGGAACUACCAACCUUUAUUCAAGAACUGAAAGUCAACAAAUCUCUAGAUUUGAGUUUCAACAACUUAACAGGACCAAUUCCUCCAGGUCUUGGUGGUCAAAAAGGAGACAUCUACCUAACUGGGAACUCCCUCAAUGGGGAGGUGCCACAAUUGAUGAAGGAUAAAGAGAAAAUCGACCUAUCCUACAACAACUUCACAUCAGUAAGUCCAGAACCAAAUUGUGCGCGAAACAGCCCAAACUUGUUUGCCAAUGCAAAUGGAAGCACUUUUGGUACUUUCUAUUGCGUAACACAGAAAUGCAAGCCAAACGAUUUCUACUCUUUCCAUAUAAAUUGUGGAAGCAACCAAAACGUUAAUGAUUAUGAAGCAGAUCCCUCUACUGGAAAUUUCUACCAAGGUUUAAAUAAUUGGGGAUUCAGCAGUACGGGCAAAUUUUGGAAUACAGCUAGCUUUGGAUCGAGUCUUGUUUAUCAACCAUUCGACUUAAGCAUUUCAGGGCCGGAGUCUAAUCUGUACUUGAGCGCACGUCUUUCCCCCCUCUCAUUGACUUAUUAUGGAUUUUGUUUGAGAAAUGGAAACUAUACAGUGCACCUUCACUUUGCGGAGAUCAUGUUUACUAACGACACAACUUAUGGAAGCCUGGGAAGGCGUGUUUUUCAUAUUUAUAUUCAGGGAAUUCGCGUUGAAAAGGAUUUCAACAUUAAGAAUAGAGCAGGUGGAGUCAACAAGCCCAUAAAGAUCCCCUAUCCUGCAUUUGUUGAUGAUCACACCUUGGAGAUCCGCUUCUACUGGGCUGGAAAAGGAACAACUGUUCUUCCUGAUAGAUCCGUAUAUGGUCCUCUCAUUUCAGCCAUAUCUGUUGCUCACAAUACUUAUAAACCUGGAAACGGCAUCUCAACAGGAGCUAAAGUUGGUAUAGUGAUGGCAGUUAUUUUCACACUCGUUGUGCUUUUGGGUAUUCUGAGGUGGAAAGGCUGUUUGGGGGGUAAACACUCGAUGCAUCAUGAUUUGAAGGGCCUUGACCUUCAGACUGGGUCAUUUACCCUAAGGCAAAUCAGAGCUGCCACAAACAAUUUUGAUCCUGCCAAUAAGAUUGGCGAAGGUGGAUUUGGUCCUGUUUAUAAGGGCAUUUUGUUUGAUGGAACCAUCAUUGCUGUGAAGCAGCUUUCUUCCAAAUCAAAGCAAGGGAACCGAGAAUUUGUGAAUGAAAUAGGCAUGAUUUCCGCUUUACAACAUCCUCAUCUUGUUAAGCUGUACGGAUGCUGCAUUGAAGGAAACCAGUUGUUGCUUAUCUACGAGUAUUUGGAAAAUAAUAGCCUUGCUCGUGCAUUAUUUGGUCCGGUAGAACACCAAUUGCAUUUGGAUUGGGCAAUGAGGCAUAGGAUCUGCAUUGGAAUAGCAAGAGGUUUGGCUUACCUCCACGAAGAAUCGAGACUGAAAAUUGUCCAUCGUGAUAUCAAGGCUACUAAUGUGCUUCUUGAUAAAAAUCUAGUCCCUAAAAUAUCUGAUUUUGGGCUUGCCAAGCUGGAUGAAGAGGAUAACACCCAUAUAAGCACGCGCAUUGCUGGAACUUUUGGAUACAUGGCACCUGAAUAUGCAAUGCGAGGAUAUUUGACGGACAAAGCUGAUGUAUACAGCUUCGGAGUUGUUGUUUUGGAAAUCGUCAGUGGAAGGAGCAACAGUCGCAUCAGGCCUAAGGAGGAAAGCUUUUAUCUUCUUGAUUGGGCAAAUUCCUUAAAGGCGAGAGGGAACGUGUUAGAGCUAGUCGACCCAAGAUUAGAGUUGGACGUGAACAAGGAAGAGAUCGGUAGAGCUAUCAAUGUGGCGCUCAUUUGCACGCAUGUUGUAGCUGCAGAAAGGCCAAGUAUGUCAGCUGUAGUAAGCAUACUCGAGGGGAAAGAUGGUAUUUCGCAGUUUGUUUCUGAGUCGAUCAUCCCGAUUGAUAAGACGAAAGCUGGUGAAGUGGAAAUGAAUGCAUUUGAGAGUGUUUCCAUGGAUGCGCCAUGGAGUGGUUCUUCAACUUCUGCUGCUGAUCUCUAUCCACUUGCCCUCGAUACAAACUACUGGGAGAAGAGAGGUUUUUAGAGGAAACUUUCACUCAAAAUUAAACUAUCUUGUUCAAUUUUGCUCUCGCAAAUGCAUGUAUUCAAUAUGUAUUAUGACAUUCCUCAUUUUUCACAAUACUUGUUUAGGGCUUCCACAACAAUUUUUUAAGGUUAAAAGCAUCUAAAUUCAUGAACAUUAGUCAAAAUCCUUUUUUAAUACGAACUUUCUAAAAUUCAUUUUUAUACACCAA